CCCCUGAGGUGCGGAUCAUGGAUGAGAAAAAGCACAUAGUUACAGAAAAAUACUAUAAAUCGGGGAGUGCUGUAGAACUGACUUGCCUUGCAGCACAAAUCGAAUCCCCUGCUGACAAAAUCACAUGGUUAAAAGGAGACCAGCCUUUCGAAGAAGGCAUUACAUAUAAUACCAGCCUCGGUGACGGCCAGGUAUCUUCAACGUUACUUUUGGAGCAUGCGCAGAAGCCGAAUUCUGGCAACUAUACUUGCUCAGUGGGUCGCAUCGCGGCAGCUUCCGUGUCUGUUCACAUCCUCAAUGCUGGUGAACUUCCAGCAGCAGUACAAGAUGGAAGUUCAGGGACGAUCAUAGCGCCUUGCAUCGUGGCUUUCUGGCUUAUCGUUAUUUCUUGCUUCUUUGCAGUGUUCCGGUGACACAUCUAGUCAUCCUCUCAACCCAACAGAUGCCGAAUCGUCGCAUCCGGAUCAAACUACAGAGAUACUUCACUCCAGCUACCUGAUCGAAAUAUAGGAAACAAUACUAGCGAAGUGAACAUUAUCGUUGACGUAUGAGUUAAAUAUAUGUAUACCGUAUAGUGGGAGUGGAUCAAUUUAUUCUAGAAAGUUGACACUUUUAUCAGAGAGUGACAUAUGUGAUAUAAGAAACAUUUCAAACGCCAUGUAGACGAUUAUAUUGUUACCGAGAAAUCUGCGACGUAAUUUAGUGUUUACAUGCGAUGUUUUUAAUAAUUAUUAUUGUAAUAUUUAUGUUCCUAUCAAAUGCAAUUCAAAUUUAUUCCACAUGGAUGUUGAAAUUUCUUCUGACACAGAAAAAUGUUAUCCAUUUCACUCCCAUCAAUAUAAUUCACUUGUAGACCUUCCUCUAAGUGUGAUUGAAUUCUUCUAUUGCUGUGUAUUUCUGAGAAUGUUAACUCUGGAAUGUAUUUGGUCACUAACUAGGUAGCGUGGCACGUCCCCAACGGUGGCGUUUCCUAAGAACUACAAUAACCAUGGUUAUAUAGUUACUGUACUACGAACCAAUCAUGAGAGAUUUUUAUAAGAAUUAUGAGAGCAAUUGGUUAUAAUUUCCUACAAAGAACUGAUACCUAUACUCAACUUGUAUAUUUAUUAUUUAUUCAGCUUAUGGCAGAUACAGAACAAAUACAAUUUUAUAUCCUAUAUAUUAUUUUAUGGUCCUAUUUUUUCGGACAUUUUACUAUUUAUCAAAAUUUGGGAACAGAAUAGUUUUGGGCUAAGCCUGUUGUUCUAUCCCGAUCAUAUUCAUAUGAUUUGUAAUAAUAUCAACGAAUAAAUAAAUAAAUAAUAGCUCAUGAGUCUCAAAUGCCUAGAUAUACACUGUAUAUCUACUGAUACACACUAGAUAUACACUGGUCGGCCGCCCAGGGCGGCAGAUUUUUGGGGCGGCAAAUUUUAAGAAACGGAAAAUUUUAAAGAUACAAAUAAUAAUAAAUUAAUUAUAUUUAAUGUGAAUAGUAAAAUCAUAUAAGAAGCUUUUCCAAACUCAAGAUAAUGAAGACAUAUCUAAGAUCAACAAUGUCCCAGGAACGUCUGAGUGGUCUAGCGAACAUAAAAUAGCUCAGUCCCUAGAUCUUGAAGAAUUGGAGAAUUUCCUAUGCAAAGGUCAAACGAUUUCUACUUAAUUGAACAGGUGUGUUGAGCAAACUCGUGUUGUAGGAAUUGUAGUUUUAAUUACUUAGCAAGUUAAAUAGGCCUAAUACUCUCUUGCAGUCUCUUGAUUUAAAACUACUGUCUUAAUUAUGUUUUUUUAUUGUGUACCGUAUCUGUUCCAAAAUAAUAAUGGUUGAAUCAGAUAUUUUGUGUUACUGUUCCCCAAUAUUUAUAUUUUAUUUUAUAUUUGUCAAAUAAUUGUUUAAAUGUCAAUUUUAACUUAAACUGCUGAUAAACUUCGGAUAAAUUCUCAAGUAAACAAUUAGACGGGAUACCUGUUAGCGGGGGGGGGGAUACCUGUUGCUGAUUUCGCCCAGGGCGGCAAAGUCCCUAGGGCCGUGCCUGCUUGUAUAUGUGUUACUGUUAUCAGUCCAGUAAUGUAACUGUUACUGUUAUUUAACUGUUAGUUAACUGUUACUGUUACUGUUGUAUGGAGCAGAUGAAUGGACUCUCUUGCAGUGGGACUCCUCACAAAGUAACGUAGAGAGGCAUAUCUUACGAACAAUUAAUCAUUUUCUAAAUUACUGUUCUGUUACUUUCACAACCAACAGCAUCCUAUAUUUUGAGAAAUAGACCAGUUGUGGAUUGUGAUUUUAUGAAAAUAAGAAUUACAAAGAUCAAUAAAAGCAUGGCUAAUAUUGAAGUAGGAUACAUAAGUAGGCUACAUCCAUUAUACUAGUAUCAGCUUCUUAUUGAGAGUAGAAAUAGGAAUUGAUCUUGAAUUAAAUUGAAAAUUUCUUCAUUCAUCAACAUGCACAAAAUACAUCUGAACAGUGUCAAAUUAUAACAAGAAUAAUUAAUAUCGUCACAAAAUAAUCCUUUACACAGACAGAAGUCAGAAAUUUUGAUGGAAAACAAAGAUUCUAAAAUCUUACAGUCAAAUUGACAUACUCCUGCAAAGAGUAUAGGGAUAGUCCCACCAAAUAUUCAUUUUUUUAGGUAUUCAACCUCCUCUAUUUCUUUCAACUCUCUAGGAAGUAUAUUGAAAAAUUUUCUCCCCAUAAAAAGUGUUUUUUUUUCUUAAAGGAAUCCAAUCUAUGCCUCUCCUUGAUCCUUCCAAAUCUGGUGUUGUUGCCAUGUGUUUCGUUUCUUUAUCCUGUUGACGAGUAUUUUUUGAAGUACAUGACUACGUCAAAAAUAUAUUGCCCAUAGAUUGUUAAGAUUCCAAACUGUGGAAAAACGAGUUUUACUGAGUCUAAUCUUUCUAACUUCACGAUCUUCUAAAUCGUGCUCUGAUAUGAGUAGUAUUCAACUAUCAAUUUGCACGGCCCACAAACUUCCCAAUCACAUUAGGCUCUAUAUUUGUAAAUAAAGUAUUAGUCAUAAACGUUUCAAAGUGGACAGAACUCUCUAAAAAUACCCAUAAACUUCCCACCCGACUCUUUCACUCCCACCCAUAGAUGCAGAAUAGGAGCAGAAAAAUAACAUCUACACAGUUAAGUAAAGGAAUCAGUUCUUCGUAGGAAACGCCACGAUUGAAUUUUAUUUAUUGGUUCAAAGGAAACGCCACGUUUAAUGUGUUUGUAGAAAACGCCACCUUAGGAAGUGCCAUGUAGCCACAAAUGGCUUUAUAUUGAAGUCAGUACUGUAUUUACGUUAAUAAAUAACAAUAGAUACUGGAUGAGAUUCUAUUCAUUGUUAUUCAUAUUGUCAUUCAGGGCUUCCACCUUAAAUUACUCGUCUUGUAAACAAGGUUAUAAAUAUUUGAUGUAAUAAUGUUCCAUAAGUGAGAUUUUCCAAAAGGUUGUUUGUACCUUGUUUUGAUUAUUUUCGUCUUUUAUAAUGUGAAGUGCCAAAAUGUAGAAACCAGCCCACACCGAUAACUAAUUGCCGCUUAUAUUUACUAUGAAAACUACACAAUUUCCAAUUUAGAACUCAUUUUAUUGUAACCCUAUGAAUAACUUAAUGUCUUCUUGUUAAUGAUAAUAGUACAGGUUCCAGGACUGUUAAUUUAAUAAAAAUUACUUCUAUCCUUUUCAAAACACAAUAAAUUUUGAAAUGUAUGUAUUCAGGGCUACUUUAUUUUAUUUUCAUAAAAUAACAUCAUAGUACCCUUUUUUGAAAAGUUUUUAAUAUAAAAUUAAUUUAUUGUGUUCAAAUCAAUUGUGUUUUUCAAUCGCUAUUUUAUAUUGAAAACUUAAAAAAAGGGCCCACUAUGAUGUUACUUAAUAAAUUUAUAAAUUCAGUCAUAAUCUUAAAGGAUCUGAAGACAAAAAGUGUUUACUGAUUAUUAUCACCUCAUGAAUCCGAUUAAAUGUGUUGGAUGAAAUAUUAUUGAUUUUUAAGUCACAAAAAUAAUUCAGACUCACAAAAAAUUCAGAAUAGGAUGUGUCUCUGUCGUUAUAUAUGAUGUUUCUUCUAAUAAUCAUUGAAAUAUCACGGAAUAACAUCUCUGAAUCGCAGUCGGUGAGAUAAAUGAGAGAUGAUAAAAAUAUUUUCUUCGUCAAAUUCCCCCUCUCACUUUAUAUUUCUAAAGAAAAAGUUUGUUGAAGAGAGAAUUUAAAAAAGCGUGCCUUCGAUAUGAAAAUUUGGGAACUUUUGGAGUGUGUUUUUGUUGUGCAAAACUUCCUUUCACUCUUCAUUUUAGAUAGUAUUUGACAGUGUUAUGUAUUUUCUGGACCAUUACAGUAUCUCAAAUAGAGAAAAAGUUAGUAGGAACUCUUUUAAGAUUUUACCAUUGAUUGUAAUCAAAGUGAGAAAAUUUAUUUUCAUCUCAAUGAUACUGUAGUCAUAAUACCGGUUCAAUUCAAUGUGAACCACCGCUUUAUUCCUAUUAUCAUGGUGUGACUAUACCAUACUUGAAUAUAUUUCACUUGCCUGUUUGUUCCUGUUAUAUAUAUUUAAAUAUACUUGCUGUUUCAAAUAAAAGUGUUCUUGGGAUAUUUUUUCAAUGAUUCUUGAUGUAUUUUUUCAUUUGUAUUGUCGAUUAGUAGUGUAUGAAUAAUAUAUAUACUUUCAGAUAUCAAAGUUAUUGUUCAAAAUUUAUCUGUAAAUAUCCAAAACAGUCAAAUGAUGAUUUCUGAUUAAUAAACUAUUUGUUA